AAUCUCUCUGGUCUUUCCUCUGCUGCAUCAUACGACUUGGUGCCAAAUCGAGCAACAGCAUCGAUAUACAUGGACACGAUCAGUUGAUAAAUGUUAAAACACAUAGACAAUUCUGUGUGAUAGUGUAAUAUGCCUAUUGUGAAAUGUAAUUUCAUGCACAAUUAUUACACAUAGUUCCUCAUUAAUAAUGGUAUUUAUUUUAAUUUACAAUGGAAGAAAUAUUUCCAAUGUGAGAGAGCCUCGGUGUGUGUGUGUGUGAGUGCCCAGCCUCAUUUACGUCCAUAAAUAAAAGGUAAACAGUUCAGCAGCGUUAUGGCCCAUUUGUAAUAAGUGCUACUUUCUCAAAUGGUAGAUCAUAUGCCCAGAGAAUACGCUAAUAUUUGAAAAAGAAACAUUGUCUGAAAUAUACGACAUUCUAAUUCACUAGCUAGUCUUUUCGCGGACUGUUCAUAUGAUUCUUGGAUGUACAUUUCCUCUCUGUUUCUUUCUUUUUGUCAGCGGUUCAGCGAGGACGAAUGCCUCCAACCCAACCGAACCCAGGCCAAUACGCGCUAACCAACGGGGAUCCCCUGAACGGUCAUUGCUAUCUUUCCGGAUACAUCUCAUUACUGCUUCGGGCCGAGCCUUACCCCACGUCCCGAUAUGGCAGUCAGUGCAUGCAGCCCAAUAAUAUCAUGGGAAUCGAGAAUAUCUGCGAGCUAGCGGCUCGUCUGCUCUUCAGUGCUGUGGAAUGGGCGAGGAACAUCCCUUUCUUUCCAGACCUGCAAAUCACCGACCAGGUGUCCCUACUCAGACUGACAUGGAGCGAGUUGUUUGUGCUUAACGCGGCGCAGUGCUCCAUGCCCCUGCACGUGGCUCCACUGUUAGCCGCCGCUGGCCUCCAUGCUUCACCGAUGUCCGCGGACCGGGUCGUCGCUUUCAUGGAUCACAUUCGAAUCUUCCAGGAGCAGGUUGAAAAGCUAAAGGCUCUACACGUCGAUUCGGCAGAGUACAGCUGUAUCAAAGCGAUAGUACUCUUCACAUCAGACGCCUGUGGCCUGUCAGACGCGGCUCACAUUGAAAGCCUGCAGGAGAAAUCUCAGUGCGCCUUAGAGGAAUACGUGAGGAGCCAGUACCCGAACCAGCCCAGCCGCUUUGGGAAGCUCUUGCUUCGGUUGCCCUCUCUUCGCACCGUCUCCUCUUCGGUAAUUGAACAGCUGUUUUUCGUCCGCUUGGUAGGUAAAACUCCCAUUGAAACCCUCAUCAGGGAUAUGUUAUUAUCCGGGAGCAGCUUCAACUGGCCCUACAUGUCCAUUCAAUGAUCCGAAUGAGAGAGAGAGAGAGAGAGAGAGAAAAGAGACCUAAGGACCAAACACCCAUCAAGUCGUGCAAGAAGACUAUAUAUAGGACCUUGUUUCUGAUCACCUUAGAAGACACUACAUUUUUUAAGUCUUCGGGGACCGAGAUGGAAUUCGUAAUGUACAGAGAAUAAAGAACUGGACUUACGCCCAUGUAAAUCCCCAUUCAUCUUCAAGAACACUCUUCAUUUUGUAAAAUACUAGUCUUUAUUUUCCUUUUUGUAAAAAAUACACCCAAAUAAAUUGAAGAACAUCAUAUGCGCAGUAAAAAUGAAUCAAGACUUAGCGGGAAAGUAAUGUUUCCAAGCAAUUAUAAGAUAUGUCCUGUGUCUAUGUAUCUCUGUUUUGUAUUUUUUUCUGGUUCUAAACCAGGUUUUCUGUGAUUCUAUACUAAUGAUUUUUGAUAUAACCUUUUGCUUCUUAUAAUGAGUGCGAUAUAUGUUGUUGAAGCUAUGUUCUCCAAGAAUUAAAAUUGAAGUGAGAAUUUAAAACAUAAAAUAAAGAAAAUUUUAGACAAAUAAGAAACCGUCUAAUCGCAAUGACAAUAUUAUCACUGAUGGUUGAACAUCCCCCUCCAACCAUGAAAUGGACAUGCAACUCGACGGAUAACUGACCUCACGGACUUUUAAGGAGAGGAAGCCCAGCAAACUUUUUUUCUUGGUCAUGUGUGUGUGUGUGCGCGCGCUUGUGUGUUGAGUCAAUCAUCAUUCAAAGAAGAACUACAUGAAAAUCAAAAAGCACUUUUAAUAUAUCAUUUUCAAAAAUACAUUUUGUUUGUUUCGUCUUGAUGUGUUUGUUGUUUCUUGAGUUUUAUUUUGUGUCGCCUUUCAUAUGUUUGGUUCAUGAAUACUGACUGACUGGUGCUAAGGGGUUUGUGGGUGGGCCUUGGGUUUAGUUGAUAGAUGUGUUGGCGACUGUGUAAGUAAAAAAAGAUAGAGACAUCAAA